CUUGGGCGGCAGCACAAGGCGGAAGCCAUGGCGGAGGCGGCGGCUGCAGCGGGUGGGACGGGCGUGGGCGCGGGCGGGGGCUCCGGCUGUGCAGCGGACCGGGACCGGGACCGCGCCGGGCGGAGGCUCCGGGUUCUCUCGGGCCAUCUCCUGGGCCGGCCCCAGGAGGCUGUGAGUACCAAUGAGUGCAAAGCGCGGAGAGCCGCGUCGGCGGCCACGGCGGCGCCCACUGCCGCUCCCGCCGCGCAGGAGUCAGGCACCAUCCCCAAGAAGCGGCAAGAAGUUAUGAAAUGGAAUGGUUGGGGAUAUAAUGAUUCCAAGUUCUUCUUCAAUAAGAAAGGCCAAGUUGAGUUGACUGGGAAAAGGUAUCCUCUUAGUGGUAUGAUUUUACCAACUUUUAAAGACUGGAUUCAAAAUACCCUUGGAGUAAGUCUGGAGCAUAAAACUACCUCUAAAGCAUCCUUAAAUCCUAGUGAUACACCUCCUUCUAUUGUAAAUGAAGAUUUUCUUCAUGACCUUAAAGAAACUAAUAUUUCGUAUUCACAAGAAGCAGAUGAUCGAGUAUUUAGAGCUCAUGGUCAUUGUCUUCAUGAGAUAUUUUUGCUCAGGGAAGGAAUGUUUCAGCGAAUUCCUGAUAUAGUUUUAUGGCCAACAUGUCAUGAUGAUGUAGUUAAGAUUGUGAAUCUAGCGUGCAAAUACAACCUUUGUAUCAUACCAAUUGGUGGAGGAACAAGUGUAUCAUAUGGCCUAACAUGUCCUGCAGAUGAGACAAGAACGAUUAUUUCUUUGGACACUUCACAAAUGAAUCGAAUCCUCUGGAUUGAUGAGAACAAUCUGACAGCUCAUGUGGAGGCUGGUAUCACAGGACAGGAGUUGGAAAGACAGCUUAAAGAAAGUGGUUAUUGUACAGGUCAUGAACCAGAUUCCCUGGAAUUCAGCACUGUGGGAGGAUGGGUAUCUACUCGGGCAUCGGGCAUGAAGAAGAAUAUCUAUGGCAAUAUUGAGGACCUGGUGGUUCAUAUAAAAAUGGUAACACCUAGAGGUAUAAUAGAAAAAAGCUGUCAAGGACCUCGUAUGUCAACAGGCCCUGAUAUCCAUCACUUCAUCAUGGGAUCUGAAGGAACUCUUGGUGUGAUAACAGAAGCUACAAUAAAAAUCAGACCAAUCCCUGAAUACCAAAAGUAUGGCUCAGUAGCUUUCCCUAAUUUUGAACAAGGAGUAGCCUGUUUAAGAGAAAUUGCAAAACAGAGAUGUGCUCCUGCAUCUAUCCGCCUCAUGGACAACCAACAGUUUCAGUUUGGUCAUGCUCUUAAACCUCAGGUUUCCUCUAUUUUCACAUCAUUUUUGGAUGGCUUAAAGAAGUUUUAUAUUACAAAGUUUAAAGGAUUUGAUCCAAAUCAGCUAACUGUCGCUACGUUACUGUUUGAGGGGGACCGUGAGAAGGUUCUUCAACAUGAAAAACAAGUGUAUGACAUCGCUGCAAAAUUUGGUGGGUUGGCAGCUGGAGAAGAUAAUGGACAGAGAGGUUAUUUGCUGACCUAUGUCAUUGCAUACAUUCGAGACUUGGGUUUGGAAUACUAUGUGUUAGGAGAGUCUUUCGAGACUUCAGCUCCUUGGGACAGGGUUGUGGAUCUCUGUAGAAAUGUAAAAGAACGAAUAACAAGGGAAUGCAAAGAGAAGGGUGUUCAGUUUGCUCCUCUUUCUACCUGCAGGGUGACGCAGAUUUAUGAUGCAGGUGCAUGUAUCUAUUUCUACUUUGCCUUUAACUACAGGGGAAUAAGUGACCCACUGACUGUGUUUGAACAAACAGAGGCAGCUGCUAGAGAAGAAAUCCUUGCUAAUGGAGGGAGCCUGUCGCAUCACCACGGAGUGGGCAAGUUACGGAAGCAGUGGCUAAAGGAAAGUAUCUCUGAUGUCGGCUUUGGGAUGCUGAAGUCUGUCAAGGAAUAUGUGGACCCCAAUAACAUCUUUGGAAACAAAAACCUUUUAUAAAUCUAUUACUGUUACGAAAAAUGUCACAUUUUUUUUUAAGUCUUCAACUAUGGUUAUACCAGUAAUCAAAUAUAUCAUGGACUGUAUUUCAGCAAGUUUUUUUUUGUUUGUUUGAAAAAAUAAGUUGUUUCAUUCUGUAUUUGUUUUGUUUCUACAUCUAUGGAUUGACAGAUGGUAUUCCUCAAUCUCUCUCAUUGUAGGUGCAUCAGUUUACCGCCAAUUGGUUGUUAUUUCAAAUUUUAGUCAGGCAGCACAAGGCUGCUAGUUAUUAUUUCAAAGGAAGAUGCUGCCAGCUGGUCUGUAUUGAUGCUUCCCCUUGGGAACAAAGGCAGAUUUUGGUGUCAUCCACUGCUUAUCUAGCCUCUUUUUAAAAGGGCGUUUCUGGGAAGCCGGUAUCUAGGGAAGGAUUCCGUUGAGGAGUGAUUACACAUUCUAGUGUGAGUAGGCCAUUAAGGAGGGUACUUAUGAAAGAACAUAGGCAACCUGCUAUUUAGGAUACCUUCAGUUCUGUGAGGUGCUUAGCCUACAUUUUUCUUUGAAAUUAGUAUGCAGUUAUAGAACCUUAAAUCAGUCUAAAAAUUGUUAGGGGACAUGUUUUUGUUCUCCAUGUUUCUGUUUCUACUGAGGUAUGAGUUGUAUGUGUAUAACUGAAAUAACCUCUUGUUAUAUCCUAGUUUCUUCAUAAUAUGUUGUAUAAGAAAAGCUGACUUAUCACUCAUUGUAUGUGAAGAACAGGUUUACCAUGAAAUGAAUGCCUUUAUUCAGCUUAAGAGUCCUAAUGUUUCUGAUUUCACAUUCUUGUUGCUGAGAUGCAGAAGAAGCUGCAACAGAAACAGAAGAAGGAAGCCUCCUUACACUUCAUAUCUCCAGUUCAAAGAAUCGUUUGGCUAACGAAACACAGUUAUCAUUUAACUAUUGAAUUUGAAAACCUCAAGUUUCAAUGACAAAUUUUUUUUCAUUAGCCCAAACAACAUGAUAAAUUUUCAUAUAGAAGUAAAGUUUCAAUUUAGUUUUUAAUAGUGGUUUAACACCUUUUUAAAAUUACUGGUUUAACCUAAAUUUUGAAAAAAUGUAAUGUAUUAAUACACAUGCCAUAAUCAAAAGUUUGAAAUAUCAUAUUUCUUAAAUAAUAGGGAGAACGUUAAUCACAUUUAGCAAACAUUUUUACAUUCAAACCUGGAUAUUAAAAUAAGUAAAAUGAUUACUUUGAAUCACUGUCUGUCAAGGUUCAUGAUUCACAUUUUGGGAUGGAUUCUUUUCUUAAUGCAAUACCUAACUUUUGAUAAUUUUUUAAAAUUAAUACUUGAUCAGAUAAUGUAAGUCAAAGUGCACACGAUCCUUUAAAAGGACACACUGUCUGUCUAUGUAGCAACGGCUCCAAAGUAUUUUUGGGCAGUUUGAUACCUUUUUUAUCUGAAGUAUACUUAACCAGAAAAGUAAAAAUUUAAAUGGACAAAAUGGUAUUUUUAAGACUUCAAAAUGAUAAAUAGUUUUUAAUAAAAUUGGCCUGAACCUAAUAAACUUAAAAUCUGUAAGAAGUCAAAAUUAAAUAUCAGUUUAACAACAAAAACUAAAUAUUUAUUUAUUAGAAGCCGCCUCUCUUCAUUGGUGAUUUAUUUUUAACUGUAAAAUUUUCAGCAGAUCUUAGCUUUAAAAGCCCUUGCUAUUUGAAAUAGUUGGAUGCUUGAUGAGGAAAUUACACUUGCCUCUAUAAUUAUAAAAAUCAGCUUUAUAAAAUGCAUCUAUCUAUUCAUGAAGGUAAUUUCUCUAACUGGUGAUCAAAAUGUAAAAUUUAAUACAGUACUAAUAUCUCACUGGAGUGUAUACAUGUUUCUGAGUAAUUUUUUUAAAUAAAAUUUACAGAUUCAUAAGCA